AUGCAGAAAUACGACAAGAACAUUGCCUUGGAAGAACUAAAAUUUGAGAAGAACUGUUUUUGGGUUCAGGUCCAUGGACUCCCCUACAAGUUCAUGAAUGUUAAGGCAGCAGAGAAAAUCUGUGAAGUUGUUGGACAAGUGAUUCACUCUAACGAUCCAGCUGAAACGAAGGGGGGUAAUUUUAUGAGGAUUCAAGUGGAGAUGGACAUAUCCUUACCCCUUUGUCAUGGUAGAGUGGUGUCUAUGGAGAAUGGCAAAAAAUCCUGGGUAACUUUCAAAUAUGAGCGCCUUCCCAAUAUUUGCUAUUGGUGUGGUAGAAUGAAUCAUUCAGAUUGUGCUUGUGAAUUUGGUUGGAUAGCGAAGAAAUGCACAGCCCCUAAAUCGCAACCAAUAGAAGCCAGACCAAAGGAAGGCGGCGAAACCAAUGCUGACCCACGUGUUAGGGAGGAGCCCAUGGUGGUGAAAAAUCUGGAAUCAGUGGAUAGGGAAGUAAAUGCUCAAUUAAGGGGGAAAACUGUUAACAUAAAUGCUCCUCAUUAUUCAGAAAAUGGUUAUAGGGGAAUUAAAUUUCAAGACCCCAUUAAUUCCCCACAAAACCCAGACCAAUUAAAUGCAGAAAUAAUAGGGAUUAAUGAUCCCGAAAAAUCUAAUGAUAAGAGGUCAUUACUCCCAACGGCACAAAAUGGAAUUAAUCCAAUUAAUGAUCCGAUUAAUUCCACCAAUAGCAAUCAAGAAAGGGAGGCAGCUCAUACAAACCCUAAUGCCAAUGCAUUCACCCCAAACCCUAAGUCAUGUGAGGAGCAUGAAGUGGCUAGGGUAACAAAAAAAACAAGCACAUGGACUAGGUUGGACAGAGGCAAAGUGACAAAGCAAACAACUCAGGCAGAGUUCUCAGGUCCAUGCAAAUGA